UCGCGCUUGGGCGGUCCGAGUGAGCAGUAACGGAUCUUCUGCAGAAAUCAGUGCAUAGAUACAGUAUCUGAAGGAUCAAAGUGUUGAAAAUCAAUUAAAAGGUGAUCAUCCAUCCCACGACAAGGAGAGGGGGCAGGGGGCGAAUGGCGCCACACAGAUUUCUGUACGGGCCUCUGAAAGGGAAUCGAAUCGAAUCGCUCCAAAUUGGCGUUGGAAUGUCCAAUAAUAAACGGUAGAUUCUAUUACUCGUUAACCCCGCGGGUCAAUGAGAGAGAACUAUGGCAAAAGAUACAAAGUAGCUGCUGUACCCUUGCCACAGCCACAGAUACAGAUACAUGCCUCUGAGAGUGUGGCAGUAAUUGAAUUAACCUUUGCGUGCCGUCUGUCUCUGUCCGUGUCUGUGAAUAAAUCGCGGGUCUUGGCUCGAGUAACACUAUUCCUCCGUCCUUCGUCGUACCGAUAGAUGGACGAGGCCUCUGGCACGACGACAACCGAUGGCAAGUCCCUGGAUGAGGCGCCGGUGGCCGCAGGACUGGAGCCCACACAGCCGAUCGGCUUCCUGCAGCUCUUCCGCUUCUCCACCUGCGGGGAGAUCGCGUGGCUCUUCUUUGGGUUCCUCAUGUGCUGCGUCAAGGCGUUGACCCUGCCCGCAGUGGUCAUCAUUUACAGCGAGUUCACAGCACCCUCUCCGCUGCCACGAACAUCACCACGCUGUCGUUUCCCUUCACGAUGGCCAACAGCAGCGGCGGCGGGUACACCAUUCCCACGGGGACCCUGAGCAUCCUUCCCAUCGCGGCGAACGCCCAGCUGCCGACCAUCACGACAACAGCCAGUGGCUACGAGCCCAAUGACGUCAUCACCACGAUCCCCGUCUCGUUCUCCAUUCAGCGCUUCCCCUCGUCCCUGUCCAUCGUGGACCUGGCCCAGGAGCAGGACGGCUACAGCAACAGUGGCUCCAGCAACGGCAUGACCGUGGGGCCGGGUGCGGGCGGCGGCGGCGGCAUCACCACCACGGCCCUCCUGUCCGUGAAGCCCCUGAACGGCAGCGGCAACGGCAACAUUUCGCGGAACAACAGCUUCAGUCUGAGCUUCAACCUGCACGACCCCACAGUGCGCUCCUCGGUGCGUUCGGCAGGAGCCCCCACAGUGGAUACAGUGGACAACUCUUCAUCCGGUGGCACGAUCGCCCUGCCCCAGAGCGGCGCCACGGCAACGGCAACGGCCACGAGUGCUACCUCAACCCUCGCCAAACACAGUCCCGAGGCCAAGACAGGAGAGGUCUAUGUCUGAGCGGAGGAACAGGACACCUAUUCCGACCCAUCCACUGGAUUAUAGCUUUCGUCGUAGGUUUAAGCACCCCUUUCCAGAACCACUGAUACGAUAUUAUCAUCUAGGAAAGAGAACAAAACAAGAGUAAUCCUCUCUUCGGAUUGUACAUACAUAUGCACACAUCAAUAGCCCACAGACGAUAUCGUAUCGUAAUGGAUCGUAUCGUACGGCACACGCGAGUCUUUCUCGAUAGUUGGGCGAAUAAAUUACGAAUAAAAUCUUUACCAAGAGAAUCUCCAUUAUAUUACCCGUGCAAACAUUGGACCGUGUAAAUACUUUGGAACCCUCCCCCUCC